GGGAGGAUUUCCUCAUUCUUUGUGCGUAGAAGUUGGUGGAAAUGACUGGACGAGGGAAAACCGGCGGCAAAGCCAAGGCUAAGCCUAAAUCACGCUCGUCCCGGGCCGGACUGCAGUUCCCGGUGGGUCGUGUUCAUCGGCUCCUGAGAAAGGGCAACUAUGGUGAGCGGGUGGGUGCAGGAGCCCCGGUCUAUCUGGCUGCUGUGCUCGAGUAUCUGACGGCUGAAAUCCUCGAGCUGGCCGGCAACGCGGCCCGGGACAACAAGAAGAGUCGCAUCAUCCCCAGGCACCUGCAACUGGCCGUCCGCAACGACGAGGAGCUCAACAAGCUGCUGGGAGGGGUGACCAUCGCUCAAGGCGGGGUGCUGCCCAAUAUCCAGGCCGUGCUGUUGCCCAAGAAAACCAGCGCAGCCUCUGGCACCAAGAGCAAGUAGAUCAGAGAAACCUCAAUCUAACGACCCAAAGGCUCUUUUCAGAGCCACCUACAGUGUCUAUCAAAGGGCUGAGCACCGGCUGGGUAUUUCUGUUCAGAGGACCGCUUCGUAUGUCUUGUGUGGACGCGCCUCCACUCGCGCGUCUUGUUAUAAACCACCCGGGCUAACUCUCACUCCCCGUUACGUCCUCAUGAAUAAAACCAUCAUCUACAGCAAACAACGAU